GGCGGUGGCGGCGGUGGCGGUGGCGGUGGAGGCGGUGGCUCUACGGGCGGUGGAGGAGGAGGCGGCUAUGACUAUGGUGGAGGCGGUUAUUAUUUCAACUAUCAGCGAGAAUAUUCUUACGGAGGUACUGAUGACACCGGUGGCGGCGGUGGCGGUGGCGGCGGCGGCGGUGGCGGCGGUGCCGGUGGCGGUGCAAACGAGGGACCAAAAAUGCGCACCGAUGUAUCAUGUUACCUUGGGCCGAAAUAAAAACGCCAAGUCGAAUGAACUUUGCGCCUGA